AUGUCUUCAGGUGGAAGCCAAAGUAUAGCGAACGGCGGACGGGUUCGAGGAUCAAGUGGCACUCGACAAUCCCGAGCAUCCAGUGGAUCGAGCGGUGAUGUAUCAGCAAACACUAGCCGGAACAGAGCACCAAGCCCGGGCCAAGGGUUCAGACCUUCAAGCAGAGCGAGCAUCGACAGCCAUACCGACGAGGCGUUCUUCCAAGCCCUGGCCAGGUACGGCCUCAACGUACAGCGCGGCGUUCCCUCCAAUGCGGCCGAGUUUAUCGUGAUCGCGGUGUGCGAGCACAAUCGAGAGCCCCCAAGCGAGACCUUCCUGCGUCGUCUGAACCCUGAAAAGAUCGACCUGAAGAAUGCGCUGAUGGGCGCGAUGUCGUUCAUCAUAUCCACCUGCGACUUCCUCAUUGACCACGGCGAUAGCGAUCACGAACCCUUGAUCAACUACUAUCUGACCAGGUGGCACGAGAUCAGCGCGGAGAUUGCUGGGACCGAGCCGGGCAAAUCUAUGCUCCGCUUUGUGUUGAGCCAUUGCCUGCAAGAGUCGGCCGACGCCAGUAUUUGGAAGUAUGAGGCUACUCACUCCCAGCCGCCAGCGUAA